AUGCGGCCUCUCCACUCGCUGCUGGCGCUGACAGUGCUGCUGCUAAGCGUGCGCUUCUCGUGGGCUGUGACGUUGCUGCUGCGUGUAACUUUGUGGACAGUCACACGAGUGCUGCAGGUGAUAGUGCUGCUAGUUGGCAGUGGCAGCUUCUGGUGGGUCUUACGCUCAUACCAGUUGCAGAAGGAGCAGGAACUAUUGGAUCAGGCGCUACUCAAAUUUAAAUACUACAAUAGAUACCGAAGCCGCGUGGGUAGCGGCAGCUUCAGUUCUGGAGGAGACAACGCGCUCUCUGCCCCCACCUCUGGGGGCAGCAUCACUGAUGCUGGCUUCCAGCUGAGAGUGCUCAAGAGACUGCCUAUUGUAGCGCACUUGCGCACGUCCUGGAACCUCCCGCCCGAUAUCUGUGACGAGAUCGCGACUUUAGUGCAGUCAAUUGUGAGGGACUAUGUGACUUACUGGUUCCAAGCCAUUUCUCCCAAUGAGGAGUUUCCCAAUGAUGUCAAGUUCUUGCUGGCAGAUCUGCUGGGUGCCGUCACUUCACGAGUCUUGGAGAUUGAAUCGUCUCAGGCACUUACGAUGGUGGCGAAGAGCUUAGAGCUGCUGAGAUUGCAUUUGGGCUGGUUUCGGGAAGCCUACGCGCAGUUGGCCGACGAGUAUCCAGCCGUCUUUGAAGGUGACGAAAGUGACUCCAAUCUGCUGAAGCGACAGGAAUAUGUGACGGCAUUUGUACAGAGAUCGCCGUUUGUGCAUCCGGGUUGCGUGGCCACUGGGGCUCCUCCGUCCGCAACACCUACAGCGGCAGCUUAUCUCCGACACGUCGCGACGCAGUUGCUGACUCAAUUGAGGCCUCAGCUCGGACAGCAGCAAGGUGCCAACGUGUUCGUUUCUAUUGCUAUGAAUUUACUGCGAGAAGUCACCGCUUUCAAGAUCCUCAAGCCUCUUUCCGAGUACUCGCAGCCACGCUAUGCUAACGAGAUCGUGUUGUCCUGUCUCCAGUCAAUCGUCGACGGAAAAGAUGUGGUAGGGCCAAUAUCGCCAAGCAUGUCUUCAUCGGGUAAUGGUGUGGGGAUGGUGCAAACCUUGACGCUGAAUAAACUGCGCUCGACUUCCAGCUUCCUGUAUAAGGCCAGUCGACGCAGUGGUGAGCAGGCUGAAGCUGCAUUUCAGGCGGUCGUCGAGGCUGUGGCAAGUGCCGCGUCCUCGGCCGCAGCAGGAGCAGCCGGUGCAGCUGAGAUGGUAUUUGAAGGAGAAGAUUGGGCUGAUACAAGUAACCCGUUCGCGUUUGGUAGCGCCGUGUUUACUGCCAGCUCAGGUGGAUCGACUAGUGAAAGGAAAGCGAUGCCAUCAAUUUUCACUCUGGACGAUCGCCUUAACGUUUCGAAAGCUGCAAAGAUGAUGAAUCCUCGUGGAUUGAUACCGGGUGGACUGCUGUCGCACAAGAUGCCUGGCGAAAAUAGUCGUAUAAGCUCUCAUAUGGACGACUUGAAGAACGCCAAGGCUAAUAUUGGCUCCAGCUUGAACAUGUCUAUUGGGAAAGUAAAGAGGCGCUUCCGUACACUUGGCAGUCAUCAGAUGGAGCCCAUCUCAACCCCUCCUCUCAGUACAGGGACGGGUGCUGCAGCAAGAAUGAUUCGAAAGCCAGGACAGCUAUUUCAAAAGGCGUGGAAGCGAGGUGAGUCUGGUGUUGCCUCACCGACCUCUUCGCUUGAUGAUGGUGCCGUUACCCCUACAGGCAGUCGCAACAGUGCGCACAGCAUGAGUUCGUUGAAUCCGCUCUUGAGUCCCAUGAGUGACGAAGAGGAAAUGACCCCUCGAAUGGCUAACGAAACGAUGAAGAUGGCUCUGGUGCGGGAUCGCGUUCUUGUGCAUUUCGAGAAAGCAGUGGCGAACUACACAAAGAUGUUCGAUGAAUGUCCGGAGAUGCGUAGCUCAGCGCGCUCCCGUGAGCUGUACGAUCUCCUUUCUGCGCUGGAAGAUGUCUUCAUGUUAGGCUUCCGAAACCACGAUUCAACGUCGCCUUCUUUUGAAGACGAGAAUGACAACAAAGAAGAGCCCUCAACCCCUCCACUGUCUCCAAAUGUGAGACGGCGAUCUUCUCUACCAGUCACGAAAGUGGAUCCGACGUAUCCGCGUCGUGAUAGCGUGAGCACGAACACAGGUAGCGAUUCCGAUGAAGAUGCAGAAGACAGCCAAUAUUAUUGGGAUUAUCUUGCGCGGGACAGACCUGGAGCGGAGAGCUUUAACACUCAUUGGCGGUUGGUGGCGUCUCAGUGUCCAAGUUGCAGUCCGAACGAAGCAUUUGUUACGACCCGUGGAGUUCAGUGGCUUCUGGGAGCGUUAGCGAAAGGAUCGCUGGGGAUCUUCUGCGCUGAGCUGUAUACCCACAGCGAUGUCACAGAAUUAUUCUACGAGAGCUUUGCUCUGUUAUUUGACGGCACUCUCAUGGAAUCUUGGCGAUCUAGAAGUGGGACCUCGCCAAGUGCCCCCGUUCGUGUACUGGAACGAGUAUGGGAGACGGAGCGCUAUGUCCCGAUAAAUGGUUGGGUUAAAGCAACCGACAAACGGCGGAACGAACUCCCAUCAUCCGAGUGGGUUUGGGAAGACGAUUGGGCGCUAGAAAAUGCAGGAAAUGGGGAAUCGCCGGACGGCGAGACACCCAAUUUAUCGUGGGAAUACGCCAAGAGCUUUGACGACAACUACCACGAGAAGGAAAAGAAGUUUGAUUCUGUCCGACGGCGACAAUGGAUACGUCGGAGGUAUCAACUGCCUCCUGUUCUGGCACUUGCCUCUCCUCCGAUACCUCAAGACGCCUUCAAGGUGUCCUCUCCAUUGGCAACAUCAACUGUUCCUAAUGGUUUGGGCCGAGCGAAAUUGUUGAAACAUCGCUUUAAUGCGCUGAAACUUGAUAAGAAGAAUAACAAGGCACCAAUCGCAAAGAUGUCGCUGCUGAGGAGACGCUCGAAGAGUUUUGAUAAGGAAAUGCCAGACAGCCCGAUCAGGAAUUCAACGCUGGGCGUGAUCGACUCGGAUGACUUCCAUCACAUGUCGACGAAGACGUCGGCUUUUAUAAAGGCUCGUGUGUCGAUCCCGUCGCUUCGGCGUGGAAUCUCCAACAAGAGCAUUAAAUCCUCCGUGUCUGAGGCGCAAUCGGUAUCAACGCAACUGUCUAUGGACGAUGACCCUGUUACACUGUAUGACGACGACGAAGACGAUGACGAAAACCUAUGUUUCCGCUGCCUUAAAGCACUUCCAGCGUCCAAGUCUGGUGUGGGGACGUGUCAAAGCUGCCACCAACGUGUGUGCGCUUCGUGUCUAAAUUUCUACGCGUUUCUGGUGUAUCCACCACCGCUUGAGACGUCUAAGAAAUCACGAGUGUGUGGGAACUGCUAUGACCGUCUUGUGAACAAGUACAAACUACGUGUAGAGGCCCAUGUCGGCAAGUACUUGAUCAAGGAGCGUGAACGCGAUAUGGAUACAUUCAGCCUCAGCACCUUGAAUGGAAAUCCUGCCUACGGCAGUCCACCUGCAUUGAGCCCGAGUAUUAAUCGCGCUGGGAGUACCAAGGUUGAGAUCACAGUCAAGAUUAAGGACGACGGUGCAUAUGCCUGGAGUGUUAUCAAGAGUUUCCACGAGUUUGAAGUCCUGGAGAAGCAGUUGGCUGAAAAGCUUAAGAAACAAGAGAAAAGGUGUGGCGUGGGGUGCCAAGCGUGUCAUUUGCGGGGUGUUGAUUACAUGGAGAUGAUCUCCGUCAAGCCAUCACUGAAGACGGUAGCAGCAGCAACUCUUACGUAUGAAAAGCGAGUCCAUGUGUUGGAGCAAUUCUUGCAGCAAUUGUUGGCAUGUGAUACGCUGUGUCAAAGCUCGGUGGUGCAGAAAUUCCUCUUACUUGCGAACGCCUACGGGACGUCCGUUACGGCCAGCAACUCCGGUGGUGCUGGAGGUGUGCUAGUGGAGAACGGCAAAUGGAAAAAAGGAAAGUGGAUUGCGCCAGACGCAAACUCAAAGGAGACGAAGAUGCGCGUGCUCCAGAAGAUCGAGGUUAGUCUGUUUGCUGUGUUAGGCGAAGUUUUCGAGUUCGACGGAAUCGGCAUGGUACGGCGUCAGAUCUUUUCCAUGACUCGGUCAUUUAUCAAGGCUUUCCUUGGAGCCUCGCACUUCCGGAUGCUGGAGCGACAGUUCCUCUCUUUCACGGACCCGAAGAAACUCUCGGGUUGGAUAGGUGACUUGCGACUGUACAUUUUCCCAGACCCAGACGAAGCUAGUGCUGCGCCACUUCCGCCUCCUGACAUGCACGUUCUUCGCAAGGACUGUCUCGAAGCUAUCCUCGCCAGCUUCCCCUCAAAGGCGCUGUCGUUGUUUGGCGACACAGCUUGCGAGAAUGCGGCACUCAAGUUGCACGAGUUCCUCCAGCACGAGGUGUUUGUCAAGAAUCUGCUCUUUAGCAUAACGGACGAACUGCUUAUACAUCUUUUCCCAGACUCGGCCACGUUCAAGGGCAAGAAAGCAUCGGGCGGGACAUCAGCGGCAUCCACUCCCUUGUCUCCCUCGGCAAUCGAGGUCGCCACCACCAUCGCUAAGGAGGCUGUCGCUGCGUCGAUAGAUGAUGACGCGGCUGGUCUGGUCACUCCUGCAGCAGCCUCCGCCGACAAUAAGCCCAGAUUGUCAUCUAACAAAGUGCUAAGUAAGUGA